AUGGCAGACCAGGCUACUCCAAAGUUUGAAUUCAUCCGCUUGGAAACCAAGCCAAGUGCGCAGCUCUCCUACAGCUUCACUGCUUCAAUCGCGACGAGGCCUACCAACCCAAGCCUUAUUGUCUUCGUCAAUGGCCUCGGGGCACCGCAGGCGGGCUGGAUCGCAACGAUCAACAAACUCAAGGAACUGUCUCCUCAGGGCCUUCCGGCAUUGUUGACCUUUGAUCGCUUCGGACAGGGUCAGACUACUGAUCGUGAUCCCAACGAUGAGGGAGCUGCUGAUCCAACUCACGCUCAUGACUGUAUGGCCGUAGUUCGAGAUAUUCGACAGCUCAUCACACAGAUCUUGAAGGAGAGGCUGGGCAUCGAUGAUCCAGAUGCCGCCAAGCUUUUACUGGUUGCAAACUCCAUUGGAUGUGCUCUGACUCGUCUCUACGCCGCUGAAUAUCCUGGCACCGUAGCAGGAGCUAUCCUUCUCGACAGCGUCUUGACAGACACAGACUUUGUCUCUGUCUUCCCUGACCCAGGCGCCGAGGACUUCGACCCCACCACUCUUCCGCCAGGCGUCACAGCAGACAAUCUUCGUGUUGCCCGAGAGGAGGCCGCAAAGCGCUUUCAUCCAAGUGUUGGCUCUAGAGAAGGUCUCAGCCGACAGAAUCUUACUCAACUUCUUGGUCACUCAGACUCCCCAGCUCUACCCAAAGUCAAUGGCAGAGACCCUUACAUCACUGUUCUGGGCCAUGACUUCAACUGCUUUGCAGAGCGUACAGGAACAGACUUCAACAUUCCUGGAGAGGCGGUACAGGCUUACAUGAAUGCUUACUGGCAUCAUUACAAUGAGGGCCUGGCGAAGUUGACGAACUCAGAGAGAAGUGAGGGACCUAUUCAGGUGCCGAAUGCGGGCCAUUUUAUUCAACUUGAUAAUCCGGGGUUCGUGGCUGAGAAGCUGCACGACAUGUUGCAGAAAUUGGCCGAGGAAUAG